CAACCACGUCACGAACGACACCACAGUUACUUCUCUCAACCUCAACCUCAACCUCCUCGACCUUCCCUUAUCUUUCCCCUUCAAUUCGUUUGUCUGCUCUUAAGUCGGCGGCACGACUUAUUACACUCUGACAAUGACAAUUGUUGGAUUUUUGUUUUCUUGAUUGCUGCCUCUGCCUUUCACAAAGUUCCCUGCUUCCGUAAAAAGUUGCAGCCAAUAACACCGGCCUCUUGGGCCUCGUUGACGCCGGCAGCCGUCACGGAAUAACAGAACGAUCGCCGUCCAAAUAUCACAACUACGAGCUCAUAUUCUCUGAUCAACCGACUCUCAUACCUUCCUUCCUCUCCUCCGACCUCCUCGAAAGGCUCUCGAGCCUCCCCUUCACGAUGCCUCUCUCCCAAUACUUUUCCAGUCCUGUCUCGUUUCAGGGCCGACAGAUUCUUGGAACGCUGGUAGCUCGCGACCAAGUCCCUUUGGUUGGAAAUGCAAUCGAAGUCCUGAAAAACAAACUUCCUCCGCAUUCCGGCCAUCCCGACUUCGGGCAUUUGACCCUCCUUGUCUUCGAAGCCGUACUCGAAGUCGUCUGCGUCAGUCUGCCAGGCUACAUCGUGGCGAGGCAGGGUAUGUUCGAUGCCGAAGCACAAAAGUUCCUCGCCAAUCUCAAUAUCAUGCUUUUCACGCCAUGCCUGAUCUUUCAGAAAUUGGCGUCCCAGUUGACCGCGGAAAAACUGGCUGACUUGGCAAUUAUCCCCGUCAUCUUUGUGAUGCAAACAUUGGUCUCAUACCUGGGAGCCCGGAUUAUUGCCAAGUUUCUCAAGUUCCGAAAGAGACAGGAAAACUUCCUCAUCGCAAUGGGUGUCUUUGGCAAUUCGAACUCUUUGCCCAUAUCGCUGGUCAUCUCGCUCUCCAAGACACUCAAGGGCUUACAUUGGGACAAGGUGCCGCAUGACAACGACGAUGAAGUCGCGGCCCGAGGGAUUCUAUAUUUGCUCAUCUUUCAACAACUGGGUCAACUGCUUCGCUGGAGUUGGGGUUACAACGUGCUCCUGGCGCCGCCAGAAUCCUACACCGUGGAAGAAGGUGGCACGAAACAAGUGGACCAGCUUGAAAGAGGUCGCGGCGCAUAUCGAGACGAUACAGACUCAGAUCAAGAACAAGAGCGCUUGCUGAGUCCAAGUUAUGAUGCCGAUCGAGAUAGCACUGAUGACUUUGAAGAAUACGAGGAUGAUCAGACUCAAGUUGGGACCGAGUCUCCGACAACGUCCAAAUCCGACGGCCUGAAGACUCCUCGUGAUGGUAACAAAUUCUCCGCGAGAUCUUCCAGGAAUUCCUCACACCGGAACCUGAAUACAUCCAGCAGUGUGCCGGAGCUCAUGCCUACCCCUACAAACGGGAUGGUGGCGCCACACCACGGGUUGAAUUACCCAGCUUGGCUCAAGACAUCCGAUAACAAGAAAUAUGACGAAGAAUGUGGUGGUAUUCAAGGAUACGUCAACAAGGCAAAGAACUUCGUGAGAUACCAUACGUUGAAGACCAACCAUGCCAUUAGACAGACUGCCAACUCAGCUUUCAACUCUUUGCCAAAAUCGCUUCAGAAGACUCUGUCUUGGAUGUCGAUGAAAAUCUCUCGAUUCUUCGCGGGACUCUGGGAAUUCAUGAACCCUCCACUCUGGGCCAUGUUAAUUGCAAUCAUUGUCGCAUCGAUUCCUGCAUUGCAACACCUCUUUUACGACAAUGGCACAUUUGUCCGCAAUUCAGUGUCGCGAGCCAUUGAUCAAAGCGGCGCGGUUGCAGUUCCCCUGAUUCUGGUUGUCCUCGGUGGUAACCUGGCAAAGAACACAGUUCCCAAGAAUCCUGUGGGUGCCAUUACCGAUCCAAAUGAAGAACGAAAGCUUCUCUACGCAGCUCUGGUGUCGCGCAUGGUGCUGCCCACGGUAGUGAUGGCUCCUGUUAUCGCCUUGAUCGCCAAAUACGUUCCAGUCAGUAUUGUUGACGACAAGAUAUUUGUGAUUGUAGCCUUUUUGUUAUCGGGAGCCCCCGUCGCUUUACAGAUUGGACAGAUCACUACUCAAAACAAUGUGUAUCCUAGCUUGAUGAGCAGGAUUCUGUUUCAAAGUUAUGUCAUAUGGAUUUUGCCCUCGACGUUGAUCUUGGUGCUGUUGGCACUGGAGACUGUUGAGUGGGCCACUGUGUAGAAAUUUGGUCGAUGGGAAGAAUAGGCGUUGGGAUGGGUUACUGCUCACAGGUGCGAAGUCGAUGCACGGGGGCAGCGAAACAAAACAUGGGUUUCUUCUUUUUUUUGGUCCUCAAGUAGCACUAGGCGCAAAGCGGGACUGCCAUUGGUGGUCUGGGCUUGGGAUUGGAUUGUAUCAAUAGUAACUCAGGGAGUACUCGUACAUGCACAGUGUACUCGUCUUAUCACAGAACAAGGUUAACCAAUACGAC